CCUUGUAUUCCGUGCUGCGCUUCUGCACACACGCGCACACUAGUGGGGCCGUCCUGUCGUGCAAACAGCGCACUCGGAUCAACUUCAACUCUAUCCUUUCAGGAAAGAUCUCUAAAGUCACCUUUUUAAGAGUUUAUCCAGCUUUUAGACGCUGCGACCACAGAAGCAUUUGCAGCUGGACCCGGACCUAUUUCGGAGCCGAUGUCGACAAAGCCAAAGCGAGGGAAACCAGGGACUUGACUGCAGUCCAACUGGCCUUAUUUGUGCCAGGGACACAACUGCACAGUGUUCUCUGCAAUUUAUGUUGGUUUGUUUCUGCCAGCGCCGCAUAACGAUGAGCGGCAAAGAGUGGGAUAGACUUUGGCUAGCGCAUGAUAAACAUAGAUAAUAUUCCACUGAAGUAUCUUGUGCUGCAGCCCUCAGAUUGGUAGAUUACAUGUUUUCAGAACUUGAGGUAACUGUAAGAGUCGGGGUGAACUGAAGUCUUACUUUCCAAAUAGUUUCACGUUUAACGCAACAUUUUUUUGAGCUUUGUAAACAUGAAUCUCCAAGAAAAGCUCUCUGGCCUUAAAGGUCUGGUGACACACUCUCACAGCAAGCGGCGUUGUAAAGCUGAUCUGACGGUGGACAUGAUCAGCCCCCCGCUAGGCGACUUUCGCCACACGAUGCACGUGGGCCGUGGCGGAGAGGUGUUCGGGGACACCUCCUUCCUCAGCAACCACGGCGGAUCGGCUAAAGGGGGCCACGGGGAAACUGACUCGGUGUCUACCCCCGACAACAAACUCGGGGCCUUUUUCUCCAGGACAAUCCGACAAAUCAGGAGGGGCUCUGACAACAGAAUCAGAGAAGGAACCAAGGAUGUGUCACCGCCUCCUCCGGCCAUUUCUCCCAUUAUCAAGAACGCAGUCUCCCUUCCAAGGCUGGACGUGGACAUGUAUAAUGGGAGCCCCACCACAAAGGUGCUCUUCCCCAGUUCACAAAGCACACCAGGGGAGAGGAAGAGUUCUUACGGUUUGGAGUCGGGCUUCGUCACACUCCCUCGCCUGUCCCGCUCCGAACGUCAACAGCCCUCUGGUUCCAACCCGGCUAACGUGCACCGUGGCUCUCUGACCGACCCCGCCGACGACAUCUUGACCGCCCGCUCUGCCGCCGUUGUGACCUAUGACCCCAAGCCUACCGCCUUCUCCAGCUCCUUUGCUUCCCUCACAUCCCUGGACACCUUCAACUUUGACCUGGGCCCCUCCCUUAUGAGCGAAGUGUUUGGCUUACUGGACGGAGACAAUCACAACUGGGAGAGAGAUGACACAGGAUCGCCGUGUGGGCUUACCAAUGAAGGAUCCGAAAUGGACUCGGCUACUAUCUCUUACGUGGACUCCCUGCUGAGAGAGGACUGCACGGGGGGGAAGAGUCCACAAGGGGCAGAAUGGGACGACGAGGGGAGCGCCAUUGAGGUCAACGGAGUCGCAGUGUGUGGGAAAUUUCCUGAUGUGCCAAGGGGAGCCUCACCCGAGCGAGUGAGGUUAGCUAUGAGGAUGGACAGCGAGCGCUUCCAGAGUGCUGUGAAUAUGCUUGCACGCCAUUACGGCGGUCAAAACAGAAUGGAGGUGGUGGAUUCGGAGAGGAUAAACAAGAUAUCUUACAGCUACACCGAUGAUGAUGACGAUGAAGAAGAAAUCAAAGUCUGAGUUGUUUUAACAUGAAACUAAAACUCAUUAUCGGAUAUACUCUUUGAUUCCAUUAUAAUCCUACUCCAAUAAUCAAAUCAACGACAUUCAAACUGCACAUGGGGGAUUUUUUUUUUUUUAAGGUGACAUAUUUUUUCCACUAAAAGUGCAAUGAUUUUUUUUGCCACAAAUUGAUUAAAAAGAAGGACUGAAGUAUUUUCAAUGUACAAAAAGUUCAGGAUAUUUAGCAUUCAGAUUAACAAUUACUGCGCCAUCUUGUGGUAGCUUUGUGGCAGGAACUAUGUUGAAAUUAAUUGAGGAACCGAAGACUAAGCAAAAGCUGAAACACUAAUAUUUCUCAGUAAAGAGGUCCUGCCAUUCACUUUAUACUCAGUCAUUAAUAGCAAACAUAGACAAAAAAAAAAUGUUUAGUCAACUUACCUGUGCUGAUGCAUUUAAGUCUUACCUUCAGUUAAGAACAUUUCAAGUCAAGACUUAAACUCUAAUGAAUGACAUUUAUCGCAUCAAAUUGAGUAAUAUGACCAAUGACGCCAGUAUUUGGUGUUAUGAACUCCAGUAAUUGCUCCUUGAAUGCUGCAGACCUCUUAAAUAAACUCUGUGCACCUUGAACGAAAAUAGACAAAUUGUAAUGUCUAUGUUAUCGCCUCCAAAUGUACACAAACGUAUCAGCUGACGACACUAUAAACGCAUAAGCACCUUAAUAACAUAGUGCAGCCCAACUUUAUACUUUAUUAAUUGGGAAUAACGAUGCUAUAUUUUGUAAGCUCACAACUAAUAAAACAAACAAAUUAAAUAUUCAA